GUAGUCCUUGGUCAAGUGAAAGAGAAGACUUUGGCGACUUCCAAACUGUGAAUUAGUUCUUAGGGGUAAACGGAAAAGAGAACUCCUUGACAUCAUGCAACAUCAAGAUCCUUGGGCCCACCUCCCAAUCGCGAGCAGCGGCAGGGCGGGCUAGACUGUGGCGCCGAGGUGGGCGGGGAGACGUUACGUUGACGCUGGCGUGACCCUUCCGGUGCAUUUGGCGGGAUCUCCGAAAGCCGCCGGGCGGGGAGAGUUGUGCGGCCACUCUUCGUCUGAGGAGAGCUAACGCUCCUGGGGGGCGUAGUUGGGACCUAAAACUCGCGUGGGUUGUGUGCAGGAGGCCGGCCCAAGGGAGUAGAGAAGUUAGCAGCAAGGAGGGCGUCUGGAAUCCGUCCGGGGUCGGUCGCGGACCAGACCAGCGGACAUAAGUCGGAGCGUGCAGCCCGCCCGAGUGAGAAGCGCUGCGGACCGAGUAUUGAAUGCUGAGUAAUGGCUAUGCAAAUGCAGCUUGAAGCAAAUGCAGAUACUUCAGUGGAAGAAGAAAGCUUUGGCCCACAGCCUAUUUCACGGUUAGAGCAAUGUGGCAUAAAUGCCAAUGAUGUGAAGAAAUUGGAAGAGGCUGGAUUCCAUACUGUGGAGGCUGUUGCCUAUGCACCAAAGAAGGAAUUGAUAAAUAUUAAAGGGAUUAGUGAAGCCAAAGCUGACAAAAUUCUGACUGAGGCAGCUAAAUUAGUUCCAAUGGGUUUCACUACUGCAACUGAGUUCCACCAAAGGCGGUCAGAGAUCAUACAGAUUACUACUGGCUCAAAAGAACUUGACAAACUACUUCAAGGAGGAAUUGAAACCGGAUCCAUCACAGAGAUGUUUGGAGAAUUCCGAACUGGGAAGACUCAAAUCUGUCAUACAUUGGCUGUAACAUGCCAGCUUCCCAUUGACCGAGGUGGAGGAGAAGGAAAGGCCAUGUACAUUGACACUGAGGGUACCUUCAGGCCAGAACGGCUGCUAGCAGUGGCUGAGAGAUAUGGCCUCUCUGGCAGUGAUGUCCUGGAUAAUGUAGCGUAUGCUCGAGGGUUCAACACAGACCACCAGACCCAGCUCCUUUAUCAAGCAUCGGCCAUGAUGGUAGAAUCUAGGUAUGCGCUGCUCAUUGUAGACAGUGCCACUGCCCUGUACAGAACGGACUAUUCAGGUCGAGGGGAGCUUUCAGCCAGGCAGAUGCACUUGGCCAGGUUUCUGCGAAUGCUUCUGCGACUUGCUGAUGAGUUUGGUGUGGCAGUGGUAAUCACCAACCAGGUGGUAGCCCAAGUGGAUGGAGCAGCCAUGUUUGCUGCAGAUCCUAAAAAACCUAUUGGAGGAAAUAUCAUUGCUCAUGCUUCAACAACCAGACUGUAUCUGAGGAAAGGAAGAGGGGAAACCAGAAUCUGCAAAAUCUACGACUCUCCCUGUCUUCCUGAAGCUGAAGCUAUGUUUGCCAUCAAUGCAGAUGGAGUGGGAGAUGCCAAAGACUGAAACAUUGAGGUUUUUCCUGUGACAAACCUUAAGUCUAUAGCCUAAUGGAGAGGACUGCUCCCUGGGGUUCUUCAUAGGCCUCUUCCUGUUGUGACUGCCAGAAAAGGGCUUCUGGAAAAACAGCUAUUGUAUCAGCUUUUCUGAUGGUGUAAACAGGAGACAAGGUCAGUAGUCACAAACUGAUCUGAAAUGUUUA